AUGCGUUGCUUCCAGCCCCUUGGUCUGGCUUCCAUCGGCUCCCUUGUCUCUGCUGCUCCCGCCCUUUCUCUGACCAACAAAACCUCUUCGUGCACCAUCAUCUCCGCCGAGGCCACCUCCAAUGUCUCCGGCUGCUCUACUAUCAUCGUUAAAGAUGUCAAAGUUCCCGCCGGCCAGACCCUCGACCUCUCCAAAGUGGAUGAUGGCGCCACUAUCACAUUCGAGGGCACUACUACCUUCGGCUACAAGGAAUGGAAGGGCCCCUUAAUCCGUAUCGAGGGCAAAGGUAUCACCGUCAACAUGGCACAGGGUGCCCUUAUCGACGGUGACGGCUCCCGUUGGUGGGACACCAAGGGCAGCAAUGGUGGCAAGACGAAGCCCAAGUUCUUGUACGCUCACAAGCUCGAGGAUUCGACCAUCUCCGGCCUCACUAUCAAGAAUACCCCCAUCCAGGCUAUCAGUGUUCAGGCCACCAACACUCUAUUUGAAAACAUCCACAUUGACAACUCCGACGGCGACAACAAAGGUGGCCAUAACACUGACGCCUUCGACGUUGGUGGAAGUGAUAAUGUCUGGAUCCGCGGGGCCGUUGUGAAUAACCAGGACGACUGUUUGGCCAUUAACUCCGGCAGGAACAUUGAAUUCAGCGGCGCCACCUGCUCCGGCGGCCACGGCAUCUCCAUCGGCUCCAUCGGUGGCCGUGACGAUAACACCGUUAAGAACGUCACCAUCUUCGACUCCACCGUGACCAACUCGGACAACGGCAUCCGUAUCAAAACCAUCGUCGAUGAAACCGGCGUCGUGUCCGACGUCAACUACUCUAGUAUCCAGCUCUCCAAGAUCCACAAGAACGGCAUUGUCAUCCAGCAGGACUACAAGAACGGCGGUCCCACCGGCAAGCCCUCCAACAAAAUCCCCAUUACCGGCAUCACUCUCAACGGUAUCACUGGUUCCGUGGAUGCCGGUGCUAUCCCCAUCUAUGUUCUCUGUGGCGAGGGUAGCUGCACGAACUGGAAAUGGACUGGUGUUAAUAUCUCCGGUGGUAAGCGUCCGUCUUGCAAGAACCAGCCCUCAGGCGCUUCUUGCUAG